AUGGAAACUGGAUCAGUUUCAGACAUCUUCGAGAUCGAUCCUAAAGUGGAAUCAGUAAACGCUGCCGCCGGUGAAGAAUUACAAGUACCAGAGCCUAAAGAGUCACAACCAAGCGCACCGAGUUUGCCUUUCUGUGAUAGAUGUCAUAACCUCGUUAACCAUCACCACGCUCAACCUAUCCCUUACCCUCCCAUAUCCUUCAUACGAGAUAUUAUGGAAGAAUCACCCUGGGAUGACAACCAUGUGUACCAUAUUCUUGAUGCAGCCGAUUUCCCUCUCUCCUUAGUUCGAAAUAUUUACCGAGAUCUUGACGUUCAACAUCAACGAUCACCGAAUCGCAGGUCAAAAACAGUCAAAUUCUCAGGCGGAAGGAAAAUGGCGAACCUCCACUUCGUAAUUACACGAGCGGAUCUCCUGGGCGGCUUGAAGGAACAUGUCGAUGGUAUGAUGGACUAUAUGACUCAAGUCUUGCGAGAUGAAUUUCACCGAAAUGGCGACAGAAUAAGAUUAGGGAACGUGCAUAUGGUGAGCUCUUAUAGGGGCUGGUGGACAAAAGAAGUCAAGGAAAAUAUCUGGAAACAAGGCGGGGGGGUAUGGAUGGUCGGGAAAGCUAACGUAGGAAAAAGCAGUCUGAUAUCGUCGGUUUUUCCGAAGUCUCCUUACUCUGCUCGUCAGCUGAGAGAGAAGACAAAUUCCAGCCAUAUAUCUGACUCGUUGAAUAUGGCCAAUACUGGGCUAUUGCCUCCAGUACAGGAGCAAUACGAUUUCCCAGUCUUACCAAUAGUCUCCGCACUGCCGGGAACUACGGCGUCACCAAUUCGAAUCCCGUUCGGGCAGCGCAAGGGUGAAAUCAUAGAUUUACCUGGACUCUACCGGGGCGGACUAGAAGAAUACGUUAAGGAUGAGCAUAAACUCCAAUUGAUUAUGACAAAACGACCUAAACCUGAACGCCUUACAGUAAAACCUGGCCAGUCCAUUCUUCUAGGCGGUCUCGUUCGGAUCACGCCCGUCGAUUUCCAAGAUGUCCUGCUGGUCUCCCCAUUCGUGUCAUUGAAACCGCACGUUACGUCCACCGAAAAAGCAAUUGAGAUGCUUUCAGGCUUGCGUACGACUCCCUAUCCAGAAAUUGGCACGGAAGGGGCAGCACAAUCUGUCGCCUCAGCGGGAGUAUUCGAACUCGAAUAUGAUGUGACAGAGAAGGUGCGGAUGGGUUGA